GGAUGGUGAUGGAAAACGUCACCAGCCUGUUGUGGAUGGUGAUGGAAAACGUCACCAGCCUGGUGAUGACUUUAAACAUAUGUGUUAAUUAUUUUGUGUUUACACAGGUUCCGCUAGACGAACGCCGAAGAGAUGAGAAAGAUUGUCCUACUUCUUCUAAUAUUUUUGAACCUGGUGGUCAGAGGUCAAUGCUAUUGUACAAUGGAUAACUGGGUUCUCAGCUUUGACCAGGAAGGUUCUUCUAAAUGUUCCAAUAGUCAAACAUAUAUACGAGGUUUCGAAAGGAGUGAAAAUACAGCAGACGAUGGAAUAGGUCUUCUCGAAUACGCACAAUGCUGCUCUGCUCCAGACAGGUAUGAGGCCUAUGAACCAAAGACCCAGACGGUGGAUUGGAUAUUGAUCUUGGAUAACAACAACCAAUGGGCCAAAUGUCCUGAUGGAUACUUUCUGCAAGGUCUGUAUAGAAGCGGCUCGUGGCCUGGCUACCUUUAUAACAUAGAACAAGGUCUCUGCGCGAAACCGUUCCGUCAUCCUGAUAACUAUGGUUCUUGUUACGACCAGGACAUAGUGUAUUGUUUUGAUGAUGAAGGGCUUUGUAACUGCCAGGACGGUUAUUAUGUAACUGGAAUCUACAGAGGAGGUUGCAACAAGCUUUUGUGCAUCGAAACAUUGAAGUGUUGUAGUAUGGCUUAACAGGAGUUCUCAAAUAGCUCAAGUGGUAUUCAUGAUGCAUUAAACUUUUUCUCAAAAC